UCACCACUCACUAACGGUCUUGGUAUGCCAGAGGCUUGGCAAUGGGGAGUCACAUACCACCCUAGAGGAGAGACAGCUCAUUCUCAGAGAGAGAUAGGAGUUAUUGCUGUAAGUGCAUCAAUGACAAGAUUUCGUGGUUCUCUUUAUGCAGUCUAACUGUAUUAACGGUCAUUUUUGAACGAAUACCUACGCGACUUAGAAGAACAAGUAAUUAGACAGUUUUGAAAAAUCCAUUUCUCGAUUUUCUCAUCUUGUCGAUAAGAAAUGUGACAAUGUAAUUAUGAGCAAUAAUUAAGUGAGAAUAGUGUAAUUGAUUUUAGUUCUGGUUCAGAUCGACGGUACAAUUCAGAACCUCAGCAAAGUUCAAAUUCAUCAGAUGUUGUCGUUCAACAAAGUCCAUCCGGGUCCUCGUUCAAUAUUCGACAAAGACGCAGGAACCUAGGUGGUUAUACUUCGUACAACAGGCAGCAAAAAGAUCUCUUUAUACACUUUUAUGAAGACGGAAUGAAUAUAAAGAAAGCAGCAACUGCCGCCAAUAUUAAAUACGAGACAGCCAGAAGCAUCUUACGGCAAUACAAAAAAAACCAAUGUGCUUUGGUGGAACAGAAACGGGGUGGUUGUCGCCAGAAGAAACUGACAGAUGAAUUGUUAACCCAACUUGAAACGUGCGUAGAAAGUAGCCCGUCAAUUUCCAUCAACGAAAUUAGGCACCAACUUUCCUUAAAAGGAUUCAGAGUUAGUAUGUCGACGGUCAACAACGGAUUGGCAAAACUUGGCAUCACCUUAAAGCUUGCACACUUCGAGUUAGAUAGGGUCAACGAUCCCCAUACUAUCGAACUUAGGAAAGACUAUGCCGUCGAGUUGUCGAGAAGAUGUCAGCAAACGCGACAGAAAACGAUUUUUAUUGACGAGUGUGGCUUUAACUUACAUCUUCGGCGUCAUCACACUCAAGCUCGGGUAGUACUGCCGACAGUACGGGGCCGUAAUGUGACGCUCAUUGCCGCGAUGACGAGUGACGAAAUUAUCCAUCACAAAAUAUUAACCAAUGAAACCUGCAACGGUGAAAGAUUUUACUGCUUCAUCAGGGAAUUGGUGGACAAGCUUGAUCCCUCUUGGCAGGAGGCAUUGGUUAUAAUGGAUAAAGCAAAAAUCCACCAGGAGCGAGAAGUUGCGGAAAUUAUACAUACUGCCGGCUUACUGAUCCUAUUUUUGCCCCCAUACUCCCCAAUGCUGAACCCAAUUGAAAAGGUUUUUUCCAAAAUAAAGGGAUACGCACGCAAAGGCUUGGCAGAUGUUUCACGAGAACAUACACUUCAGGACCUGAUUCAGUUGGGAAUUGGAAAUGUAUCAUCGGAAGAUUGUUCCAAUUUUUAUAAGGACAUGAUGAUGCAACUACCAAGUGCGGCGGCUGGAAAGGAGUUUCAUUAACAUUUUUAAAAAUGAGAUGAAAUACAUUUUUGAACU